CGUAAAGCUAUGUCAAUGUCAGCGAUCGACUCGACCUGCUGUAGUCGUGCAUGCAUAAACGUAAACAAGCAUGGGAGUGUGCCAUUGUGUUCUAUAUAAACAGCUUUAACGAUGGCAAGAAAAGUAGAAUGCUUUGGUCUCAAGAAGAUAGGAAAUGUCGGACGGCAUACAUCGACAGUAAAAAUGAAGAGACGGAUUUUCUCCAUCAUCACACAGGAUUGUGUCAAGACAACAUGUGUUUUCAGAGAGAGCCGUGGUAGAUGUUGAUCGCGUUUGAACCGAUCAGCUCCCGACUGAAGCCUGGAGCAAUUCCAACCAAUUUUAAUUAUCCCCUCACUCUACCUCAUCUCAUCACUCUACAACUCCACUGAAAGAAAACUUCUUCAAAAUUAAUCUCCAAAUAGAUUAUCCAGGUUCAGAGAGAAGGAGGAGUAGUUCAAAAGACCGGAGAGUGGAGGCUCAUUCAGUUUUAGAUUAUGAUUUGCCCUCAUCACCUCCAACGGAGACAUCAACCACAACUGUCAAUCAGACUAUAUACUCCUACAUGCACCAGGAGGUCUUUGUUGACAAAUACCCCAGUCACUACCUCAACAACAACCCGUGCCACCACCAUGAGGACCUCUGCGACAAAUACCGCAGUUACUGCCUCAACAACAACCCAUGCCACCACCAUAAGGACCUCGGCAACAAAUGCCAGUCACUGCCUCAACAACAACCAUCCCUGCCACCACCAUGAGGACCUCAGCGACAAAUGUCCCAGUCACUACCUCAACAACAACCAUCCCUGCCACCACAAAAAAGGACUUCAUCAACAAAUACCCCAAUCACUGCCUCAACAACAACGACGCCUGCCACCACCAUAUAAGGACCUCAGCGACAAAUGCCACAGUCACUGCCUCAAUAACAAACACCCCUGCCACCACCAUGAGGACUUCAGAGACAAAUGCCCCAGUUACUGCCUCAACAACAACCAUCCCUGCCACCACCAUGAGGACUUCAACCACACCUGCAGCUGAAUGAAAGAUUUUGAUGGAAUCCAACAACAAAUCCAACUUCAGAAGAUUGAUAAGCACAUAUUGUCUAAACGAUGGGACCUUACACUACAAACAUAAAAAGCAUGGACCAGUUAGAGUUGUAAAGCCGGACGAGGUUCAGAUCAUACUUCGAGCAUGUCACAGCGAUCCUUUGUCAGAACAUCAAGUGAUUAAUAGAACUUGGGAGAAGGUCAAGAGCAGAUACCACUGGCCCGCUAUGAUGAAAGUUGUGGAAUUGUAUAUUGCCCAUUGUGACGAAUGUCAACGACAAAAUCAUCUGGCGAAGAUCCCAUCAACUUUGAAUCCUAUCCCAGUUAAGAACCAAGCAUUCCAUAUGUUAGGAAUGGAUUUGGUUGGACCUCUAAGAACGACACAAAAUGGAAACAAAUACAUAGUUGUGCUGACUGACUAUCUGACCAAGUGGCCCGGGGUUAAAGGCCAUACCAUCCAAGGAUGCAUCACAUAUUUGCCAAUUUAUCAUAGAAACCAUAUGCAGGCACGGAACUCCAGCAACAAUCCUAACUGACAACGGCAGAGAGUUCUGCAAUGCAAUGAAUGACAAGCUGUGCAAGUCCUUAGGAAUAUCCCAUAGAUUGACAACACCCUAUCACCCCCAAACCAAUGGUCUCACUGAACGGUACAACCAGACUCUUUGCAAUGCAUUAGCAAAGUAUGUAGGGGAGUCACAAGAUGAUUGGGACCUUUUUAUCAACCAGAUUGCCUUUGCAACAAGAACCUGCCAGCAAAAAUCAACAAAGGCCACUCCAUUCUUUCUUACAUAUGGUCGGGAAGCUGUUCUCCCUGUGGAGUUGGACAUACCAACAACCGUAGAUGAUCGUGAUAUCACUGACAAUGAUGACUUCCAGGAACUACUAAAUGAUAGAGCUACAUCGUUUGCCACACUCCUGAGAAGUCAACAAGAUGCGGUAAAAGAAAUUGGCAAGGCUCAGAUCACACAGAAGAAAUAUUAUGAUGCAAAGCAUUCCAAUCAAGACUUAAGUGUUGGAGAUCAAGUGCUUGUCAAGAACAGUCGACGCAUCAACAGAAAAGGAGACAAAAUCAUGAGCAAGUGGGUAGGACCUUAUACAAUCUCUGAAUGUGUGGGGAAAGGCGUGUACAAGUUGAAAGAGAGGAAGAAGAAAAUGAACAGAAAGUCCCUCAAGAAGUACAAUGCACCAACAACAUUACCAUCUACACAAGCUUCAAGCAAUUCCAAUCAACCACCAUCCAUUCCCAGACAGAAACAGAGAUUACCAGAGAGACAGUCAAAGUGAUUGCAAAACAGGCAGGAACAGAUGGUGCCAAACAGACAGACACACAGAAUACCUAGUAGACAGACACGCAGAAUACCUAGUAGACAGACACGCAGAAUACCUAGUAGACAGACACGCAGAAUACCAAGUAGACAGACACACAGAAUACCACGUAGACAGACACACAGAAUACCAAGUAGACAGACACACAGAAUACCAACUAAAGAGACAGGCAGAAUACCAACUAAAGAAACACGCAGAAUACCAAGUAGACAGACACACAGAAUACCAAGUAGACAGACACACAGAAUACCAAGUAGACAGACACGCAGAAUACCUAGUAGACAGACACGCAGAAUACCAAGUAGACAGACACACAGAAUACCAAGUAGACAGACACACAGAAUACCAAGUAGACAGACACACAGAAUACCAACUAAAGAGACACGCAGAAUACCAACUAAAGAAACACGCAGAAUACCAACUAGCCAUUCAUCCACAUCAAAAGAGAGCCAGCCUCUAAGCCAGCCAAGAAGGUCAGUGCCAAACCAGCCAUCCAGCCAGCCGUCAACAAUUACAGACUAUUUCAAUGACAUUGAUGACAAGAAGAAGAAACUUUUGAUUGAGAGGUGUGUGGAAAUGAACAUUCCAAUACCUAGAAACCAAAAUAGCCAGGUGUACCUUUCCAGAGAUUCCCCAACACUAUCCUUCAUACGGGAGUGCCAACUGAAAUAUGAAGAUGUAGAAUGUUCCAAACUAUACACAAUUUGGUAUAUGAGUUCAAGGACAGAAACCCAAGUAGUGAAAAGUGAGUACACCUUGCAGCUGGCAGCUUCAGUAUUGACGUGGUCUUUCCAUGAGAGGACUGACAUAGCAACAGUUUUGGAAACAAUUGAGCCAAUUCCUUUCAGCAAAACAGCACCUCUGCCAACAACGAUACCAAGCUACAACGUUCAUGUGGGAAAUGUCAGCUUGUCACCAAACGACCUCAGGACUCUACGUCCCAUGGCAUGGCUAAAUGACCAGUUUCAGCGGUGAACUCAGCAGCAGCAGCACCAUCAAGGUAUUUGGCCGUAACUUUGGGCGGUCAUUGAUGGCAGACUACUCUGACCAUUACCUCUCCGACUUUGUUUUACAUAUGGCACACCUGAAAACAGCUUUCAUGAAAAACUACGUAGUGAUUCGCCGUUCAGCAUUCUGUGUUGGACGAACCUGCUGGUGAAGCAGUUAGUAUUAUAGCUGAUACUGAUCAAUGAUUUGAGCCAGAUGAUCUUCCGUUAUUGGUAGCUAUAGUAGGACCACACUCUCCUCAUCUGUCAUUGGGAGUAAUCUAGAUCUAAGUGAGGGCUCAGAAAGAUGUCAACACUCUCAGUUAAAUGGACUGUCUGCUGAAGAUCUUGUCAACUUUCUGUAAUCAAGGUAGAACACUGCCAAAAGGAGACUUAUCAACAGAGAAAUUCUAGGUCUCUACAAAUCUAGUUUUUUUUUCUGGGAGACAUAUUUAUGAAUUAAAAAUAUGUAAUGAUAACAUUAAAAUUGAUCAUUUGUUGGAUAAAUUUAGGAAUACAUUUAAUAGAAAAUGUCAUCAUAUUUAAGAAGUAGAAUUUCAUAUCAAACUUACUAUUGCAUUUAGAUACACAGAGGUUCUUAUUCAACUCGUAAAAAAUUACCUUGUGGCUUCAAAAUGAUGUUUUGGAAAGUUAAGAUAAUAAUGUUUCAUCUAGUUGCUUUUUUGCCAUGUGUAUAUCAACUUUCUUUGACCGAAUAACUUUAUCCGAGAUAUAAAUCAGCUUCUAUAGUAGUUUUCCUUAUAAUUGUAUGUACACUUACCAUAUUUGUUAGCCAACCAUCAAGAGAUUGUUGGCUGUUCAAAUCGCCCUUCAUCUUGGGCCUGUGGUCCGUCAUCUAUCUAUAAGCAAACCUUGUUAUCAUUAUUUCUAGUAGAGAAAUAGAAAGAGCUUUCUCAAAUUUCAAAUGUUGGUUCCUGUGGUCUGUAGUUGUGAGUGAUCAAUUUUAAUACUAAUCAGAAAACAAUUAAUGGCUGACGGUUGGCCAAUUUGAGUUUUUGCCAAUUUUCAGACAGAUCUUCAUGGAUCUUUCUCAAAUUUCAUAUGUUGGUUCCCCUUGGGUUUUAGGGUUGUGCAUAUCAAAUGAAAGAAGUAAGGGAAAGCAUUGGCCGUUUUUAAGUUUGACUUUUGAAGUUUCUGUUUGUGAGAAAGCUCUAUGUGAAUCUUUCUAAAAUUUCAUGUUUAAGAGAAAUGUAGAGACAUGAAUCUUGCAUAAGGGGUCACGGUGGUAGAGUGGUUAAAGUGUCCCAAAACUUUAUCCUUAGCGCUCAACCUCUGGGUUAGAAUUUAGUUUAAACAGUUUUUAUACUGAAGUCCUAAAUGAAUUGUAUAUCUAUCAUUAAAAAAAAUAUGGACAUAUAUAUAAUCAAAUUGAAAUAUGUAAGCUAUAGAAUGCAUUUUGGACUUGUAACAUUUGUAUGAUCCAGGCUUAUCAAUAAUUUAAAGUUAUGCUUGCCUCAGUCUUGCAUUUUGAUGUUAAUUUAACUAAGAUUGAAAUUAUGAUGAACAGUUUGGCAAUGUAGUCGGUUGAUCCAGUAUGGUGACAUCUGACUACUACUUUACAUAUGAGGUGCCUGAUUUCAAGGAGUUUGGAUCGUGAAUGUUCAUUUCAAAAUGUAACAGCAUAUAGUAUUCCAUGAUACAUAUAUAUCAAACAAAAAUUAAUGCAUACAAAAUAGUGGAGAACACAGCCAAAUUAAUUCUGAUAAUAAUAAAACUAUGUUGAAUGAAAAUUAGUGUUCAUAAUGAGAAUAUCCCUAUGUGCCAAAACUAUGUUGAACACAUGUUUAGAUCACCCCAAAAACAAUUACUUCCCAUAAGGAGGAAGAUAUGGGAGCGUCCACCUAAAAUGACAUGGACUUGAAACUGAGCACAUCCCUGAAAUGCCUUGCUUUUAAUACAUUGGAGUUGGAUUCCCAACAGAUAUAGUAGAGUCACUUUUUUAUAAAAAAAAAUCUUCAGAUACUUAUGUACAGUCAAACCUCAUCAUUCAGUUUCUAUGGUUAAAUGAUUUAAAAUAUACACAGUUAUCUCUAAUAGUUGGCAUAUCUCAUGGCCAAAUUAACUUUGAGAUAACUAAGUUUGACUGUACAUUUAUGACCUGAUGAUUUCCGCAGUAGUGUUUUAGAGCUCAAAUUUGACUUCAGUAAUAUAUUUCGUAUUGAGAACUGUGUUAUGUUUGAUAUAAUGACAUCAUAUUUUUAUAUUUCUGUAUAAUUAAAUGACAUAUCCGGUGUAGUAAACAGUGCUGCAUGUCCAUUAGGAAUGAUUAUCUCUAGUGUAAUGACUCAAAUCAUAUUAGAAUAGCCGGACAGUGUAACUAGGCAGCUAUUUGCUAAUUACACGGACAUUACUACACCAGUUAAUUUAAGCGUUAUAUGUUAUUGUGAUUCUUAAUGUAAACUAAGAAAACUUUUCUUCAUGCAGCAUUUUAUUCCUUUGAUUCCUCAGGGAAUUUCCUACCCAUCUAUAUUAUAUUAUACUGGACAGUAACUCCCUACCCAUAUAUAUUAUAUUAUACUGGACAGUAAUUCCCUACCCAUAUAUAUUUUAUUAUACUGGACAGUAACUCCCUACCCAUAUAUAUUAUAUUAUACUGGACAGUAACUCCCUACCCAUAUAUAUUAUAUUAUACUGGACAGUAAUUCCCUACCCAUAUAUAUUAUAUUAUACAGGACAGUAAUUCCCUACCCAUAUAUAUUAUAUUAUACUGGACAGUAACUCCCUACCCAUAUAUAUUAUAUUAUACUGGACAGUAACUCCCUACCCAUAUAUAUUAUAUUAAACUGUAGAUUUAGAAUUUUUGCCAUGUCCCUGUGGAUAUAUUUAUGUUUUACAAAAGGUAUGCUCAGCUCUUGUUUUAUAAUGUUACCACAGUGACUGCAUGAUGUGUUCUGUUUUUGUGAAUCAUGCAUAUGUGAUUGCCAUAUACGCGAGUGUGAAAGUGUUUAUGUAUCUACACAUAUCUUACUUGGUUAAUAGUGUGUAAUAUAUUACCAUAUGUAUUGAUGCUCCUGUAAAUAUUCUUCCUGUACCAUUUAGUUUGACAUUUCAUGAUUCUUGUGUAAUUUAUAAUAAAAAGUAUAAUUUCAUUUCCUGUU